AAGUUGACAUCAAUCCCCGGAGUUCCAGCUCCAACCUAACAGCGCACUUUUUCUGCAGCGAUCCAGACCAGAAACAGAUUGUUUCCCAAUGAAAGCCCCAGUCACAUGUAGAGAACUGUUCUAGGUUGCGGUGCCGAACAACUACAUACGUAUCACCCUAGGGAGAAGAGCGAAUCCAGCAGGGUCCACAGUUCGACAGCCAGGUUGGAUCAGCCUGGGCUCAAAUAAGUCAAGCAGGCACACAAUAAGGCGAGAAUCUAGGUUAAGAAAAGAGCGGGCGAUGAACAGCGGCGUCGGCCGCUCGAGCCGGAGGGGCAGCCUCAGCAGCGCCAGCGUCAUUGACGGCAGCAUCGAGCCCCAAACUGUCGGCACCCUCCUCGCCGCCAUCGCAACAUGCAUGACAGACUCGCUCCGCAUCCUCAUGUUCGCCGACAAGCGACAAUGGGGUCCCGACGAGUUCGAGCAGACACGUGUGCUCGAGGAGGCGCUCGACGAAGCCAAGAAAGACUUCCAGGAGAUGGGGCCGCUCGUCCACGGACAGUUCUACUAUGAAAAUGACCGAACCCCGGAAUCCCUCCAAGAGCUCUCCAGCCUCCUCGCCAAAUUCGAGUUCCUCGCCCAGAACUUCAAGGACUGGGCCCGCCAGGGAGGGCCUAUCAACCCGGUCUGGGCGCGCGAGACAGUCCAGCUCAGACGGGAGCUGCACCGCGCCCAGUGCCGCGCCGCACGACGCAUCUUCGCCACCGUGCAGGACGGCAACCGCUGCCUGGGCGCAUUCCAGGUCUACCGCCAGCAGAAGCGCAACGAGGCGGGCCGGCAGCGGCGGCAGAGGGAUAGGGAGGAGGAGCUGCCGUCUUGGCAGCGGGAGCAGCAGCAGCAACGGAGUAGUGAUGCUCAGGCUGGCGCGGUGGAGGACGAGGAGGAUCCGGUAGCAGCUCGGCAGCAUGGGGUGUCAUCGAUGGGGGAAUUGCUAGCUUCGAUGAGCCCUCCUCCUCAGGAGGGGAGGAGGACCAGGAAGGGGAGCUUGGAGGAGCUGGUGCCGAACUGCAACGCUGUCGGGCGGUUCCAGCGGCUGCAAGGCGGUUCGCAGGACGCGGCGUUUGUGUGCGACUUCUGCGAGGGGUACAUCGUCUGGCCGGAUCUGAGCAGCAUGCCGUCCGAGAGGAUGCCGUUGGCCCCGACGGCGGUGUCCGGGUACCCGCACUGGCAAGCAAAGGGGAUCAGUGCGGAAAGGGGCGAGGAGAAGACCGUCGUGUUCGCGCCGCUGGCGAUAGCGAACCAUAUGCCACCGGAACCCGGGGAUUGGCAGGCCGGGUUGAUGUGUCCGUACUGCGAGGAGGACACAUACCUCGAUGAGGGGGAAGACAGUUCGGAGCUGAAGUAUGUCCAGGAUGAGAAGGGGUUUCCGGACUUAGAGGCGUUUCGUGCGCAUCUGGAGUGGUAUCACACGGCCAUGCCGGUACCGCCGCUGUCGGCAUUGGCAUCUAAGCUGCCGGCGGCGGAGAGCUGCAGGGUCAUGUAAUGGCGUUCGGUUGUUUGGAUUUACGGGGGAUUGCUCUAGCAUUAAAGCGUGGCGUUCGGGGAAAGGAGCUUUGGUGAGGUUGUGUCAUGGUACUGACUGCGAUCCUCUCCUUAUUGCGAGCAGAUAUCUGUGUGAAAUCCAGCAGGGAAACCCUUCCAUGGG